AUGGCGCGGAUAUAUCCUAAAGCCCCCGAGAGGUCAGGACCCACCCGAGUCCCGAGUCUCUCUCGACCCACCAAAACAGGGGCGGCUCGACUCACCGAGUACACGCGACACGACACGAAGCCAAAGCGCGGACCAAACCCUACCCUCCCCUCCGCCGCGACCCUGAUCCCCACCUCGUCGGCGAUGAGUUCCUCUUCCAACAGCGGGAAGAAGCCGGCGGCCGGCGGCGGCCGUGGGGCCCCCACCAUCCGCACGCUCUCCGACUUAAACCGCGGGCCCGCCGGCUUCCCUGGCGCCGGAGGUGGCGGCGGCGGCAGCGACGACGACGAGCCCCAGGAGUACUACACCGGCGGCGAGAAGAGUGGAAUGCUUGUUCAAGAUCCAACAAGAAGAAAUGAUGUGGAUGCGAUAUUUGAACAAGCCAGGCAGGCAGGUGCUAUCCAUGGAAUGCCCCCUUUUCUUGGUGACGAGUCUUCCAGCUCUAGGAGCUUUCCAGGGACUGGCCGACUUCUUACAGGGGAGACAGUACCAUCUGCUGCACCUCAGGAACUAGCACCAGUUGAAUCAUACAAUAUACAUUUGUGGAACAAUGGCUUUAGUGUGGAUGAUGGUCCACUGAGAUACUACGAUGAUCCUGAAAAUGCUGAGUUCCUUGAGAGCCUUAAGAUGUCAAAGUGCCCCAGGGAGCUGGUGCCUACUGAUGGAGAACAUGUUGAUGUAUCUGUUAUUAAAAGGAUGGAAGAUUAUAGGGAACCUGUAAGGCCUCGAUCAGCUUUCCAGGGUGUUGGAAGAACCCUUGGUGGUGGACCUUCCCCAGAUGAGAGUGCACCACCUGCUCCUGCAUCAGCGGCCCCUGCUGCUUCGAGGUCUGUUGGCAUAGUCCUGGAUGACUCCCAGCCAUUUACAUCCAUACAGCUUAGGCUGGCUGAUGGCACUCGCAUGGUCGCUCGGUUCAACAUGCACCACACCGUGGGAAACAUCAGGUCCUUCAUUGACGCAUCUCGGCCUGGAGCUGCAAAGCCUUAUCAGCUGCAGACAGGUUUCCCACCCAAGCAGCUGGCUGACCCAACGCAGACCGUGGAGCAAGCUGGGCUGGCAAACUCGGUUAUCAUGCAGAAGAUGUAA